AUGCCAAUAUCUCCCGCUAGAUUUUACUAUCGUGAGGGAUCAGAGGCUUUGGUGGAGAAACUUGAAGAAUGCACGGGAAGUGUUUGUGAAAAUGCAUCAGAGAAAAGCCCGGAAGAUUCGGACCGCGAGGAAGAGUGUGAGGAUGAAGAUGGGAUUGUUUGUGCUGUUUGUAAGAGUACGGAUGGAGACCCGUCGGAUCCGAUUGUGUUCUGUGAUGGGUGUGAUCUGAUGGUUCAUUCUACCUGCUAUGGCAAUCCCUUUGUAAAGGGUAUUCCAGAGGGGGAUUGGUUCUGCUCGCAAUGCCCUGGUUCUUCUGAGGCUUCACAGUCCGAUGAGUCUUUCUCUUGCUGUCUGUGUCCUGGCAAAGGUGGAGCAAUAAGGCCAACUGGAGAUGGCCGGUGGGCACAUAUUGUGUGCGCGCUUUAUGUUCCUGAGGUGUUCUUUAAGGACCCGGAAGGCCGAGAGGGGAUUGAUUGCUCAAAGGUUCCCAAGGGGAGGUGGAAAGAGAGGUGUUAUGUGUGCAAGAGUGCAAGUGGGUGUGCUAUUCAGUGCUUGGAAAUCAAAUGUCCUUUAGCGUUCCAUGUGACUUGUGGUUUCAACGAGGAUCUUUGCAUAGAGUACAGGGAAGGAAGGAAGAAGGGUGAUUUUAUAGCUGGGUUUUGCAGAACCCACACUGAUUUGUGGGAAAAGCAACAAGAAUCUGGGAAGUUCAAGAUCGUGGCUAGAAAAGACUGAAGUGCAUAAGUAUUAGUUAGAUUGUGAUGGAUUGACUAUAGAUCUUUGUGGGAUGGUAUGCAUGGACCUGCUGGUUAGUGUUUGAUAAUUGUUUUUCGUUUUUAUGGAAUUACUGGUUGCUUUAGUUUUUAGAUAUCUGUUAGGUGUUGCCUUGUUACCAGUGUUUUGAUAUUUUUGGUUCCUGUUGUGACUUCAGCUUUGAGCUAGUAAGAAUUUGUUCUCCCCAUCAAGUGGGUUCAUUGGUUUUGAAUGCCCUUCCUGCGAUUAAUAUUAUUGGAGCAUUAUUUGGAA